GGGGAUGCAGGCGGGAGGAUAAAGCGAUGAAGUGUGCUGCGUUGCCGCGCAUCAGGCGCUGUUGUUGGAACUGCAACACCGUGCGCCUCUGACCGAGACGGCCCUCUCCUCUCGCACGCACUCACCAAGCGGCUCGCGUAGCUCCGCGGUGGCKGUGGCGGUGACAGCCGCUCGCUCCCGGCAGCCCGCAGCCAGAGCUCGGCGAGAGCUGGCAAUCGUCCGGGUCCCCCAAAGCAGGUGCCUGGUGUUUGGCGCCUAUGCAGGGCACGUGCGCCCCCCGGCUCUAACCUGCACCCUGACGGGAGCAUGAUCUGUGCCCAGUCCGGGACUGCCAAGAUAACAAUGCUGUGUUCAGCAGAAAUGAAUACAGGAAGAGCAGCAUAGUUCAAAAAUUAAGGGAGGCAUCUUCUCUCUUUUCCUGGAAUUUAAACGCGAUGUAAGAGGGUGGAUGCCCUACCUGAAAAAGCCAGCCUUUAAAGACCCCAGCAGUGUUGUGGUCCAAGGCGUCUCAAAGCAGGUGGCCAGAUCGGCAUUUCUCAUCAGCGGACUCGCUCCGGCUGUGGCUAUUACGGAAUUGAUGCGCGUACACGUGGUGGGUCAUUAUGCUGCUGCACCUGUGUAGUGUGAAGAAUCUGUACCAGAACAGGUUUUUAGGCCUGGCUGCCAUGGCGUCUCCGUCACGAAACUCACAGAGCCGACGCCGGUGCAAGGAGCCACUCCGCUACAGCUACAACCCUGACCAGUUCCACAACAUGGAUAUCAGGAAUGGACCUCAUGAUGGUGUGACCAUCCCCCGCUCCACCAGUGACACUGACCUGGUCACCUCAGACAGCCGUUCCACACUCAUGGUUAGCAGCUCCUACUACUCCAUAGGGCACUCACAGGAUCUGGUGAUCCACUGGGACAUUAAGGAGGAAGUGGACGCUGGAGACUGGAUUGGCAUGUACCUCAUUGAUGAAGUCUUGUCUGAAAACUUUCUGGACUAUAAGAACCGUGGAGUCAAUGGUUCUCAUCGGGGCCAGAUCAUCUGGAAGAUUGAUGCCAGCUCUUACUUUGUAGAACCUGAAACCAAGAUCUGUUUCAAAUACUACCAUGGAGUGAGUGGAGCCCUGAGAGCUACCACCCCCAGUGUCACCGUCAAAAACUCAGCAGCUCCUAUUUUUAAAAGCAUUGGCUCUGAUGAGACCGUCCAAGGGCAAGGAAGUCGGAGGCUGAUCAGCUUUUCUCUCUCAGAUUUCCAGGCGAUGGGGUUGAAGAAAGGGAUGUUUUUCAACCCAGACCCUUAUCUGAAGAUUUCUAUUCAGCCUGGGAAGCACAGCAUCUUCCCUGCCCUUCCUCACCAUGGACAGGAGAGGAGAUCCAAGAUCAUAGGCAACACAGUGAACCCCAUCUGGCAGGCGGAGCAAUUCAGUUUUGUGUCCUUGCCCACUGAUGUGCUGGAAAUUGAGGUGAAAGACAAGUUUGCCAAGAGCCGCCCCAUCAUCAAGCGCUUUUUGGGAAAGCUGUCGAUGCCUGUCCAGAGACUCCUGGAGAGACACGCCAUAGGGGAUAGAGUGGUCAGCUACACACUUGGCCGCAGGCUUCCAACAGAUCAUGUGAGUGGACAGCUGCAAUUCCGAUUUGAGAUCACUUCCUCCAUCCACCCAGAUGAUGAGGAGAUUUCCCUGAGUACUGAGCAUGAGUCAGCAGAAAUUCAGGACAGCCUCAUGAACAACCUGGUUGAAAGCAACUGUGUGGAGCCUCCAAAUGAUGCUCCAGAGCCCUGUGAGAGCUUGAGGCUAGAGCCAACCAACGAGGACACUGCAGUGGACAGUUCAGGACACCAGAGCCUGGAGCAUGCCAGGCCAGUUGAGGAAGGGGCAGGUGCCACUGAGGCAGGAGAUGAUGGCAGGAUCUCUGAGGGACCUGAAGGGGUUGGGGAGCUUCUGGCCCUAGGACAACAGGACCCCGAGUCUGCCCUGAGUGCAGAAGAACUAGCCGAGAGGCUCGACCKGGAUGAACAGGUACCACCAUCGCUACUUCUGGAAGAUGGUGAGGCUUCAGCCAACAAGAAUGAACCCGUGGAGGAGGAGGCAGCACCAGAGAGCCGGGCCAGGGGGGAGGAGGAAGAGAAAGGCCAGGGUGAAGAGGAUGAGGAGGGGGAUGUGCCUACCCUGGAGCAGGGAGAGGGCAGACUGCAGCUGCGAGCCUCGGUGAAGAGAAAAAGCAGACCAUGCUCUUUGCCUGUGUCCGAGCUGGAGACGGUGAUCGCGUCGGCCUGCGGGGACCCCGAGACCCCGCGGACACACUACAUUCGCAUCCAUAACCUGCUCCACAGCAUGCCGUCGGCCCAGAGUGGGAGCGCAGCAGAGGAAGAGGACGGGGCGGAAGAGGAGUCAACCCUCAAGGAUUCCUCCGAGAAGGAUGGGUUCAGCGAGGUGGACACGGUAGCGGCCGAUCCGCCGGCCCUGGAAGAGGAUGGAGAAGAGUUCGAGGGUGCCACUCCGGGUAUGGCACCCCCUGGCCACCUUGGGGGCCACUUCCGUAGUUUGACAAAUGGCGCGGGUCCUGAAGGUGACACGCAUCCCAGCACUGGGAGUGAGAGCGACUCCAGCCCCCGGCAAGGCGGGGACCACAGCUGCGAGGGCUGUGACGCGUCGUGCUGCAGCCCCUCCUGCUACAGCUCCUCGUGCUACAGCACGUCCUGCUACAGCAGCUCCUGCUACAGCGCCUCCUGCUACAGCCCCUCCUGCUACAACGGCAACAACCGGUUCGCCAGCCACACGCGCUUCUCCUCCGUGGACAGCGCCAAGAUCUCCGAGAGCACCGUCUUCUCGUCGCAAGACGACGAGGAAGAGGAGAACAGCGCGUUCGAGUCGGUGCCUGACUCUGUACAGAGCCCGGAGCUGGACCCGGAGUCGACCAAUGGUGCUGGGCCAUGGCAGGACGAGCUGGCUGCCCCUGGUGGGAACGUGACAAGAACCGCUGAAGGUCUGGAGUCCCCCAUGGCAGGUCCAAGCAAUCGGAGAGAAGGUGAAUGUCCUAUACUCCAUAAUUCCCAGCCAGUAAGCCAGCUUCCUUCCUUGAGGCCUGAACAUCAUCACUACCCAACAAUCGAUGAGCCUCUUCCACCAAACUGGGAAGCUCGAAUUGACAGCCAUGGGCGGGUCUUUUAUGUGGACCAUGUGAACCGUACCACCACCUGGCAGCGUCCAACAGCAGCAGCCACCCCAGACGGGAUGCGGAGAUCGGGGUCCAUCCAGCAGAUGGAGCAGCUCAACAGGCGGUAUCAAAAUAUUCAGCGGACCAUUGCAACAGAAAGAUCUGAAGAAGAUUCUGGCAGCCAAAGCUGUGAGCAAGUCCCAGCCGGAGGAGGUGGAGGUGGAGGGAGUGACUCAGAGGCUGAAUCUCCCCAAUCAAGCUUAGAUCAGAGGAGAGAAGGGUCACUUUCUCCAGUUAACUCACAAAAAAUCACCUUGCUGCUGCAGUCCCCAGCCGUCAAGUUCAUCACCAACCCAGAAUUCUUCACUGUGCUGCAUGCCAAUUAUAGUGCCUACCGAGUCUUCACCAGUAGCACCUGCUUAAAGCACAUGAUUCUGAAAGUCCGAAGAGAUGCUCGCAAUUUUGAACGCUACCAGCACAAUCGGGACUUGGUGAAUUUCAUCAACAUGUUCGCAGACACUCGGCUGGAACUGCCCCGAGGCUGGGAGAUCAAAACAGACCAGCAGGGGAAGUCUUUUUUUGUGGACCACAACAGUCGAGCUACCACUUUCAUUGACCCCCGAAUCCCUCUUCAGAAUGGUCGUCUUCCCAAUCAUCUGACUCAUCGACAGCACCUCCAGAGGCUCCGAAGUUACAGCGCUGGAGAGGCCUCAGAAGUCUCUAGAAACAGAGGAGCCUCCUUACUGGCCAGGCCAGGACACAGCCUAGUAGCUGCUAUUCGAAGCCAACACCAACAUGAAGCAUUGCCACUGGCAUAUAAUGACAAGAUUGUGGCAUUUCUUCGCCAGCCAAACAUCUUUGAAAUGCUACAAGAGCGUCAGCCAAGCUUGGCAAGAAAUCACACACUCAGGGAGAAAAUCCAUUAUAUUCGGACUGAGGGUAAUCAUGGGCUUGAGAAGUUGUCCUGUGAUGCAGAUCUAGUUAUUUUGCUGAGCCUCUUUGAAGAAGAGAUUAUGUCCUAUGUACCCCUGCAGGCUGCCUUCCACCCCGGGUAUAGCUUUUCUCCCCGCUGUUCACCCUGUUCCUCACCUCAGAACUCUCCAGGUUUACAGAGAGCCAGUGCAAGAGCCCCUUCACCAUAUCGGAGAGACUUUGAGGCCAAGCUCCGCAAUUUCUAUCGGAAACUAGAAGCCAAAGGAUUUGGUCAGGGUCCAGGGAAAAUUAAGCUCAUUAUUCGUCGGGACCACUUGUUGGAGGGGACCUUCAAUCAAGUGAUGGCCUAUUCCCGGAAGGAGCUCCAGAGAAACAAGCUCUACGUCACCUUUGUUGGAGAGGAGGGCCUGGACUACAGUGGUCCUUCUCGAGAGUUCUUCUUCCUUUUGUCUCAGGAGCUCUUCAACCCUUACUACGGACUCUUUGAGUACUCUGCAAAUGAUACUUACACGGUGCAGAUCAGCCCCAUGUCUGCGUUUGUAGAAAACCACCUUGAAUGGUUCAGGUUUAGUGGUCGUAUCCUAGGCCUGGCUUUGAUCCAUCAGUACCUUCUGGAUGCUUUCUUCACAAGGCCAUUCUAUAAGGCACUCCUGAGGCUGCCCUGUGAUUUGAGUGAUCUGGAAUAUUUGGACGAGGAAUUCCACCAGAGCUUGCAGUGGAUGAAGGACAACAACAUCACAGAUAUCCUCGACCUCACUUUCACUGUUAACGAAGAGGUUUUUGGACAGGUAACAGAAAGGGAGUUGAAAUCUGGAGGCGCCAACACCCAGGUGACGGAGAAGAACAAGAAGGAGUACAUCGAGAGGAUGGUCAAGUGGCGGGUGGAGCGUGGCGUGGUGCAGCAGACUGAGGCACUGGUGCGGGGCUUCUACGAGGUUGUAGACUCGAGGCUCGUCUCAGUGUUUGAUGCCAGGGAGCUGGAGCUGGUGAUAGCUGGCACCGCAGAGAUCGACCUGAACGACUGGCGGAAUAACACUGAGUAUCGGGGAGGUUACCAUGAUGGGCAUCUUGUGAUCCGCUGGUUCUGGGCUGCAGUGGAGCGCUUCAAUAAUGAGCAGAGAUUGAGAUUACUUCARUUUGUCACGGGAACAUCAAGUGUGCCCUAUGAAGGCUUUGCCGCCCUUCGUGGAAGCAAUGGGCUCCGGCGUUUCUGCAUAGAGAAAUGGGGGAAAAUUACUUCUCUUCCCAGGGCACACACGUGCUUCAACCGAUUGGAUCUUCCACCAUAUCCCUCAUACACUAUGUUGUACGAAAAGCUUUUAACAGCAGUAGAAGAAACCAGCACCUUUGGACUUGAGUGAGAAAAUGGCACCUCGCCUGACAUUUUCCUGGCCAGUGACAUCACCCAGUUCUGGGAUGACCCCCUUUCCUUUUCCCUUGAUCAACUCUCCUUUGAUUUUGGUAUUCCAUGAUUUUUAUUUUCAAACCAAAUCAGGAUUGACAAAAGCUGUGCAUGAAGAACUGCCUUCUUCUAAGAUCUAACCUUCAGGCUUAUCUCCUCUGUUUUCAAAGAACUGCUAGCCUGUAUGCAAUAUUAAAAACAGCUGUCUCAAGGUCUGUGCAUAUCUCCACAUACCUCCAUUACUAACAAUGAAAUACGAAUGCAAGUUACGCUACACUUGACCAAAUGGUAAUAAAUGUUUACUUCCAUUUCUAUCAUUUAAGAGAAAAUUUGAGCAUUAAGCAUUCCAAGCUUUUAUACACCCAUGUCUUCUAAGCAGAACCAUCAUUUUUUUUUAUCAUUUCUAACAACCAACUCCAAACCUAGAAGUUGAUCAACUCUUUGUUUUCCUCCCAUUCUGCUUUACUCUGUGCAUAUUAUCCAUUCAAAGGACAGCAGUGGCAAAACUGAAAUUUUUAUAUAUUCAUGAUUUACAGGUGGCAUCAGUCCCAUCAGCUGGAACUAGCCUAGCCAUAUGGUGCAUAUACGACACUCCCAACAAUUACCCACAGCAAAUAAUACACGUCCUGCUGAUGAGAUGCAGUGCAUCCCAAAGGUUGUGGGGAUUGUGGGCUCAACUUGGGUUCAGAGAAGUCUAGAGGGGGAGCACUCUUGGUGAACACUUACCACAUAAGAAGCACAAACCUGUGCACAUGUCUAAGAAGGAUAUUUUGAUUAAUGUAGACCGAAGGAGGAGGCUCAACCCCAUUGUGUUGUAUAGAAUGUUGGAAAGCAAACAGAAGAAAGAAAAAGACAUAUCACAUUGAAUUGAAUAUCUGAAUUCUACACUGUUUUGUUCAGUCUAGCUACCAUUCUCCUUCACAAAAGAAAAAAUAAUGUAUAGAUAAUCUUGUGACUUUCGUUAAAGCCAAGUUUACUUACUUGGCAAACUUUUUUUUUAACUUUGGUAUUGAUUUUUUCAUACUUGUUUCUUCUCUUUUUUAAAUUAUGGUUAUCAAGUUCCUUCACAUCUGAUUGUCCACAGGGACAAUAUGAAAUAAGAAGCUGCAGAGAGUGAUGGUGCUUGUUAGGGAUCAAGGGCAAUAUGWACUUCUCCUUCAUCCAUAGCAAUCCUCCAAAGGCACGUUGAUUAGUGUCAAAAUAAAUAUCCAGUUUCUUUUCACCUUCAAUAAAAAGAUAUCUCAGAAAACUUUGUGUUGUCAGAAAAGCAGUUGCAGGCUCCAAUGACAGCCUCACCUCUUGAUUACAUUUGAGAUAAACCCAAUCAUAAUGGU